UUGAAAAUAAUGAGACACAAAAUGCUGCAAUCGAAAUAAAUGCUAUAACAAUGUACGAAAAGGAUAAAGGGAUUUUAGAUGACAAUGAUAACUUCGAGGAGCACGUUCCUUUUCUAAAAAGUGCAUGCGAUCAUCCUGGUGAGGUGGGCGAUCUUACUGAUGCUACAAGAUCUGGUCAAGAUGAUAGUGAGAAAUACAAUUUCUGCUCAUCAUUUAUAUCUCGCUGCAAACUGUUUAUAACCAAGGAAGCUCUGUUCUUAAUGUGCCUCCCAGCGACUUACUUUCGUGACUAUUCGUUCGAAGCAUGGUUGUUGUACCUAGUUCCUCACGCAGAGCAGUUAGGCAUCACCCCAUCUCGAGCCGUCUUCUUGUCUUCAAUUGGUGGAAUCGGUGGGAUUAUAGGCAGAACCAUUGCAGUCAUUCUCCUCGUUAAGAAAGUACACAUGUUCAAAAUUUACAUCAUCGUAGGUUGUAUUGCCAGCCUGUCGUUUUUCUUUGAUUUCGUCGGCGAAUCAUUCAUCAUUCGUUCAGUUUGGGCAUUUCUUCAGGGCCUCUGCUUUUUUGUACUGGAUACUGCAGACGCAACUUUUCUUAAAUUGACGUUGGUAGAUGAAAGCAACUUCAGUUUCGGCCUUGGACUGGUGAUGUUAAUGAAAGGUUCCGGUAGUAUCUCGGCAGGGUUACUCACAGGAGCUUUGUUUGACGUCAUCCAGUCUUAUACCAUCGUAUUCAUGAUGACUGGAAUCCCUGUUUUGAUCUUCACCAUCAACGUUGUAGUCAUAUCGGUACUGUUAAAUAGAAGAGUCAAGUCCAAACACGUUUAGCAUCGCUCCCGGCAUAAUUCAUUCAAAGGAAUCCUCUCUUCAUCCAGGAGCUGUGUUUGACGUCAUCCAGUCUUAUACCAUAGUCCUCAUGACGACUGGUAUACAUCGUAGUCGUAUCGGUAUCGUUGUUAAAGGUAAUACA